CUUAGAGAACAGGAAGCGGUAACUACAGUCCCUGUGGAGACCAUCAAAGAAUUACUACUAAAAUGUACUAUGAAUGUACAUUUCAAAUUCAAUGGGGAAAUCUACAGACAAAUAGAUGGUGUCGCGAUGGGUUCACCUCUAGGUCCCAUAAUGGCUGAUAUUUUUCUCGCGAAACUAGAAAACGGGCCACUCACACAACAGAUUGAAAAGUUUUCACUUUAUUGCCGAUAUAUGGACGACACGUUCAUCCUAUGUAACGACUAUACUGACUUAAUGGAGACACUGCAGCUAUUCAAUACAACUCAUCCGUCUAUAAAAUUCACGUGUGAGGAGGAAAAUGGAGGUAGGAUCGCUUUUCUAGAUGUUCUCCUUACAAAGAGAAAAGACGGUUCAUUAAAGAGAAAUAUAAACAGGAAAACAUCGUGGACGGGUCAGUAUACUAACUUUCUUAGUUUUGUUCCUCUACAGUACAAAAGGAACCUAAUUAAGACAUUACACUAUAGAAUUAAGACCAUAUGCUCUGAAGAUACGGUCGAAGAAGAAACAAAAGCAUUAUAUAUGACCCUGAGGGAAAAUGGAUACCCGGAGAAAUUUAUAAACAAAAACAUAACUAGUAAAAGAGACCAUAAAGAAUGUUUAACUGUGAAUAAAAAGCCUCUGUAUAUACGUCUACAAUUCAGAGGUGACGCACCUAGCGAAAUGGUAAGAUUGAAACUACGAAGAUCAAUCGAAAGGACUUUUAAUGCAGGUAAACUACAACUAAUGUUUUCCACACGCCCAAUGAUCACGCCGACGUUGAAAGAUAAAUUGCCUAGACUAGCCACUUCCUUCUGUAUCUAUCAAUUCAACUGCUCCUGUGGAGCAAGUUAUAUAGGCAGAUGUUCUAGGAAUUUGUAUACUCGGGCUCGUGAACACCUUCCAGUGUGGUUAAGCAAAGGUGUAGUCAGAACGGUUAACAGCUCUGUUUUAGCCCAUUUAGUUCAGACGGGACAUAGAGCCGACAUCGAGCAAUCCUUCACAGUAAUAUAUCGUGUUAAUAGUAGUCUACCUAAUUCUGUCAGACAGAGAAUCCUGCAGACGGCUGAGGCAAUCGCUAUUCGGAUCAAAAAGCCAGAGCUCUGCAUCCAAAAGAAAUAUGUACAGCCGCUCCUUUUACCCUGGCCAACUUCAGGGUCAACUUGUUAAUGAUCAAUUUUGUAAUAUGGUGACAUUAAUUUGAUUAAUGUUCACUUCUAUAUGUCAAACUUAGUUUAUCUACACAUCUUAUCAGUCAUUAUUCUUAUUAUUAUUAUCUUUAUUAUUAUUAU